AUGACGACGUCUUUUGUGCUCACGAGCACAGCUUUUCUUGCUGCAUUUGCGGCAUUUUUGUCGCCUUCAGCUGCCGCUUUCGAAGCGCAUCGUGUUGGAGAUCUCCCUGGUCUUAACCAGACAGACGUUUCCUUCAAGCACUAUGCUGGUCAACUGCGUCUGCCGACAAAUACUUCCGAGAAACUGUUUUACUGGUACACAGAGUCACGUCGUUCACCCGAGAGCGAUCCCAUUGUGCUUUGGCUGAACGGAGGUCCGGGCUGCGCGUCGUCUGAAGGGUUUUUCACGGAAAACGGACCGUUCGUUGCUACCCGCGACGGAACCGUUGGGCUCAAUCCUUAUGGCUGGAAUGCUCGAGCCAACGUUGUCUGGGUUGAUUCGCCAUCCGGAGUUGGCUUUAGUUACCCGUUGCAAGCUUCAACAGGGUACUACAAUGACGACGUUGUUGCCGAUCGACUGCGGUUAUUCCUCCGCGAGUUCCUGAUCAAGUACCCGGAACUUCGGCACCGUGACUUCUACGUGACGGGGGAAAGUUACGCUGGGAUGUACAUCCCGUUCUUGGUGGAACGACUGGUUGAUGAUCCUUUGGAUGGCUGGAACUUGAAAGGGUUUGCCGUGGGGAACCCGCUGACGGACAUGGACAUUGAUGGGAACGCUUACAUGGAGUAUUACUGCUCCCACGCACUGAUAUCGCCUGCGGAUUAUCGCUCGCUGCUCGGGCAGUGCGACAAUAACAUAGCCCAGUGCAUGUUCACGGAUGUGAACUGCACCACUCGUUGUGAAGACGCUGUGUUGAAAGUCCACGAAGCUGCUGGCUCGGACGAAUUCAACCACUACAACAUCUACGGCGACGUGUGUCAGAUGAAAAACCGUCAACGGACUGCAUUGCACUCGCAUCUAUUUGAUAAGGUAAAGCCACAGAUCCAGACCCACCGUGGCGUUCUUGGUCCGUGCGCUGAGGAUUUCACUGAGAUGCUGAUGAACAAACUGGAGCUGCAGCAAGCACUCCAUAUUGAAGGUGAGCUGCCUGUGCAGUGGGAAGGCUGUCACCCGUUUAUCGUACGCUAUUUCGUCCGCACGUUCUCGUCGCUGGAGAAGUACCGGAAACUGCUCGGCAAUGGAUUGAAUGUCCUUAUCUACAGCGGCGACGCUGAUUCAGUUGUGAACUUCAUGGGCACGCUGCGCUGGAUCACGGAAGAGGGACUCAGUUUGAAGCCUGCGUCGCCGUGGCGUCCGUGGUUGGGCCCGGACGACCAGAUCGCGGGUUACCACCAGCAGUUCGAGCUUGGUCUCACUUUUAAGACCAUCAAGGGUGCAGGCCACAUGGUCCCCGCUGUGCGUCCGCUUCACGCCCUUCACCUUUUUGACUGCUUCCUCUUCGGUGACGACAAUUGCACAACCAUUGCUUACCCGACCGACUCGUUUGAGCUUGAGGCGGCAGGAGGUGUGUUUGAACCCGAGGGGUCGACACCACCUAAUGCUCAAGAUGCGAGCACAGAUCUGGAAGAACAAACUGAUCCAACUGUCUUGCAGGCAAGUACAUCGACUGGACACGUCCCGGGUACUGCUGUACUAUUGUUGGUUGCAUGCGCUGUCGUCAUGGUGGUGGCCAUGGUCUACGCGCAACGUCGCAGCCGCCAGAAUGGUCAGCGUGGUCACGGUUACCAGACCAUUUCGACACUUGAUUGCUGUUCGGCCUGCAACGACGGUCUGUAUCGACUAUCACCAUCGCGGUAUUGCGAGAAACGCGUCGAGUGCUUUCCAUCUCACUUGUACAUGUUUGCUGGCUAUGCCAGGAUGUUGCUGAAUAAAGCAGGUGAGUUUUCAUCACACAUAUUUCUCUCGACUCAUUGCUGA